AUGACAGAGACGGCGCUUUUUGUGAUUGACAUUCAGAAUGAUCUGGCGGGCUGCGCCGACACCGAAAUCCCCGACGCACAACGGAUCCGCGACGCAGCAGCGACACUCCUCAAAAACAGUCGGAGUGUCAUCAGAGACGCCGUGGAAAAGGACAAGAUCCCAUCGAUCACGCUCGCCUUUGUUCAACACGAGGAAAGUCCGGACAAGGGUCUCUUGAACAAAGGAACCAAGCCGUGGGAGUUGGUAUUCCCUCCGUCGGCAACGAACGCUUGCGAGCAACUUGUCUCCAAAACCACAAGUGACACGUUUGAGUCGAACCCCGGACUUGCCGCAGAGCUGAGGACCAAGGGAGUCAAGAAUAUCGUAGCCUUUGGCAUUCAAAGCGAGUUUUGCGUGCUCGAGACAUGCAGGGGAGCACGACGGGCUGGGUUCAACGUCACCUUGCUUUCCGGCGCGCAUUCGACGUACGACACAAAGACUAGGACAGCGCUUGAGAUUGAGAGGGAUGUUGAGAACCAACUCAAGCAUGAAGGCGUCACAGUCGUGGAUUGGGUCGAGUGGCAGCUGGCGUAA